AUUCGUAAAAAGAAUGUGACGUUUGACCGCACUUAACUAAGGAAGAUCAGUGAGGGCAAAAGUGUACAGGAAGGUUAAUUCGCUUUAAAUUAAAGUGAAUCUCCCUUCACCCCGAUGGAACCUCAAUGAAGAAAGAAACAGAAUGGGACGUGACGAUUUCUAACACCUAACCUCAAUCUCAUGAAUUCUUUUAUUAGUUAUGUGCAACAAGAUAUAUAUGAAUAUUAUAUGGAAAUAACGAAAUUAUUAACUAUUUUUCCAAUAAUUAUCAAUAAUUUGAGAAUGAAAACAGACAGUAUACAUAGUUCUAUAUAUAAUUUUAACGCAUGAAUAUCAAUGUAUUGUAAAUAAAGAAAGAUUAUUCAGAAUGAAAAAGGAUAACUAUACGAGUAUUGCUUUUGCGAGAACGCAAUAGAGUGAAAGAGUGUAUAAUAUGUCAUGAGAAGGGGAAAGAAUUACGUAUUAUAAUUAUAGAGUGAGUGAGUGAAAGGGACUUGUAUCGGUCGUUCAAAGUGGAGGGGCAUGAUUGUGAUGAGUCGGGGUGCCUUCGUAUCGCUUGUAAACUCGUACUCCUCGUACUACGUGUAGUACGAAAAGAAGCUUCGUGCCGUGACGUCAGUACACAGUAUUUCGGUACAGUUGCGUGAAACAUCGUUACGAAUUGUGUUCGCAUACAAUUUAUUCUAAUCCGACGAAAGUGAAUGUUCGAGUUCGGUUCAGGUGUGUUUGCGAUUGAAUAUUAGUGUAUAUCGUACAUAAUCGUAGGAUUCAUUUGAUCAUCAUAAGUGUAGCGUGUGCAGCAGGUAGUCGGAACAUCGACCGACAGCCAUCAUUGUUGUCAAGAUGGCGUCGAAAGGAAAGCUAGCAACCGAGCAUGGCCGCUCAGACUCGUACAGGGUCGCAACGUUACCAAAAAUUCGCGACGACAACAAAACGGCCGACGGGAUGUACAAGGUAUUCACAGCGGGCCUCAGCCACGCGAAGGCGAAAGAGAAUCUGGAGAGGGACGGUCCAAACUCGCUGACACCGCCGAAACAAACGCCGGAAUGGGUGAAAUUCUGUAAAAAUCUGUUCGGCGGUUUCGCGUUGCUGUUGUGGAUCGGCGCGAUCCUCUGCUUCAUCGCGUACUCGAUCCAAGCGUCGACGAGCGAGGAUCCGAACGACGACAAUCUGUACCUGGGCAUCGUGUUGGCGGCGGUCGUUAUAGUGACGGGUAUAUUCUCGUAUUACCAGGAGAGCAAGUCGAGCAAGAUAAUGGAAUCGUUCAAGAACAUGGUACCCCAAAUAGCGAUCGUGAUCAGGGAAGGUGAGAAACUGACGUUGAAGGCCGAGGAGUUGGUGCUGGGGGACGUGGUCGAGGUGAAAUUCGGCGAUCGUAUACCGGCCGACAUCCGUAUCAUCGAGUCAAGGGGAUUCAAGGUGGACAACAGCUCGUUAACAGGUGAAUCGGAGCCCCAAUCGAGAUCCCCGGAGUUCACGAACGAGAACCCGUUAGAGACGAAGAAUCUCGCCUUCUUCUCGACGAACGCCGUUGAGGGAACCGCGAAAGGAGUGGUGAUCUGCUGUGGCGAUCAGACAGUGAUGGGAAGGAUUGCUGGCCUGGCAUCCGGCCUUGAUACUGGUGAAACGCCGAUCGCUAAGGAGAUUCAUCAUUUCAUCCAUCUGAUCACGGGGGUAGCCGUAUUCCUCGGUGUAACCUUCUUCGUCAUAGCCUUCAUACUCGGUUACCAUUGGCUCGACGCUGUCAUCUUCCUGAUCGGUAUAAUCGUUGCCAACGUGCCGGAGGGUUUGCUGGCCACCGUCACCGUUUGCCUCACGUUGACCGCGAAACGGAUGGCCUCGAAGAAUUGCCUGGUGAAGAAUCUCGAGGCGGUCGAGACGUUGGGCUCGACCUCGACCAUCUGCUCGGACAAGACGGGCACCCUCACCCAGAAUCGUAUGACCGUUGCCCACAUGUGGUUCGACAAUCAGAUCAUCGAGGCCGACACAACCGAGGAUCAAUCCGGAUUGCAAUACGAUCGCACGAGUCCCGGCUUCAAGGCUUUGGCGAAGAUCGCCACUCUGUGCAACCGCGCCGAGUUCAAAGCCGGCCAGGAGGACAAGCCGAUCCUGAAGAGGGAGGUGAACGGCGACGCGUCCGAGGCGGCCCUGUUGAAAUGCAUGGAGCUUGCCCUUGGCGACGUGAUGGGUAUAAGGAAACGUAACAAGAAAGUGUGCGAGAUCCCGUUCAACUCGACCAACAAGUACCAGGUCUCGAUCCACGAGUCGGACAAUCCGGACGAUCCUAGGCACCUGCUCGUGAUGAAGGGCGCGCCGGAGAGGAUCCUCGACCGUUGCUCGACCAUAUUCAUCGGCGGGAAGGAGAAGGUGCUCGACGAGGAGAUGAAGGAGGCGUUCAACAACGCUUAUCUCGAGCUUGGCGGGCUUGGUGAACGCGUGCUCGGUUUCUGCGACUACAUACUGCCGUCCGACAAAUUCCCGAUCGGCUUCAAGUUCAACUGCGACGACCCGAACUUCCCGGUAGACGGACUCCGCUUUGUGGGCCUGAUGUCUAUGAUCGACCCGCCCAGGGCUGCGGUGCCCGACGCGGUCGCCAAGUGCCGUUCAGCCGGCAUCAAGGUCAUCAUGGUAACCGGUGACCAUCCGAUCACUGCCAAAGCCAUUGCCAAAUCUGUCGGCAUCAUCUCCGAAGGUAACGAGACCGUCGAGGACAUUGCUCAACGGUUGAAUAUCCCCGUAUCCGAAGUCAAUCCUCGCGAGGCCAAAGCCGCCGUCAUCCACGGAACCGAACUCAGGGAACUGAACUCCGACCAACUGGACGAGAUCCUCAGGUACCACACCGAAAUUGUGUUCGCCCGUACCUCGCCUCAGCAGAAGCUGAUCAUCGUCGAAGGCUGCCAGCGAAUGGGUGCUAUCGUCGCUGUCACCGGCGACGGCGUGAACGACUCCCCCGCGUUGAAGAAGGCCGACAUAGGCGUAGCAAUGGGUAUCGCUGGCUCCGACGUGUCGAAGCAGGCGGCCGACAUGAUUCUGCUCGACGACAACUUCGCCUCGAUCGUGACCGGUGUCGAGGAGGGCCGGUUGAUCUUCGACAACCUGAAGAAGUCCAUCGCGUACACCCUCACCUCGAACAUCCCCGAGAUCUCACCCUUCCUGGCGUUCAUCCUGUGCGACAUCCCUCUGCCCCUCGGCACCGUCACCAUUCUCUGCAUCGAUCUGGGAACGGACAUGGUGCCGGCCAUCUCGCUAGCUUACGAGGCACCGGAGUCGGACAUUAUGAAACGGCAGCCCCGCGAUCCUUACAGAGACAAUCUUGUCAACCGAAGGCUUAUUUCGAUGGCGUAUGGUCAGAUCGGUAUGAUCCAGGCGGCCGCCGGUUUCUUCGUCUACUUCGUGAUCAUGGCUGAGAACGGAUUCCUGCCGCUGCAUCUUUUCGGUAUUCGAAAACAAUGGGACUCCAAGGCGAUCAAUGAUCUUCGUGACAGCUAUGGCCAGGAAUGGACAUACAGGGAUCGUAAAACACUUGAAUUUACCUGCCACACAGCCUUCUUCGUUUCGAUCGUUAUCGUUCAAUGGGCCGAUUUGAUCGUAUGUAAGACGCGACGUAAUUCCAUCAUCCACCAAGGAAUGAGAAACUGGGCCCUCAACUUCGGUUUAAUAUUCGAGACCGCCCUCGCCGCGUUCCUAAGCUACACACCCGGCAUGGACAAGGGUCUCCGCAUGUUCCCUCUCAAAUUCGUCUGGUGGUUGCCCGCCCUUCCCUUCAUGUUCGCCAUCUUCAUCUACGACGAGACGAGACGAUUCUACCUCCGCCGGAAUCCAGGAGGCUGGCUCGAGCAAGAAACUUACUAUUAGACGCGAAGGAAAAUUUAAUCAUACACGCAGAGCGCGCGCGCAAGAGUUACAAGAGCGAGAGAUGCAGAGAGAAUGAUGAGAGAAAGAGAGAGUGAAAUAUGCAUAUUACCCACGCAGAUAUACACCGAGAAACUAAGUAAAAAAAAAAAAAAACGAAAUAAAACUUAAAAAAAAAAAAAAUAAAAAAAAAAAGAUACAACCAAACAAUGGAUAAAAAAAAAAAAAAAAGAAAACGUUAAAAAAUCAUUCACGUUAUACACACACAAACAUACACACACACACACACACAUAUUUUAUCAUGGGGCGUGCUAUUCGGGUUUAACUGUCGCGAAAUAAAGAGAUAUAUUCAGAUGGGGACAAUUCGCAUCAGCCGAGCCGAAUCGUCGAACGAUCAUCGCCAUAAUAAUUAUACAGAUAUAGAGUGUCUUGCAGUUGUUUCACGAAGAAAUUAAAAAAAGAAAAAAAAAAAAAAUGCUUCGCGUGGGAGUAGAAAAAGUGGCUUACGAGCACUCUCGUUAACACAUGGUGUGUGAAGUACAAAAAAAGAAAAACAAAAUAUAAAAUGAAAAAAAAAAAAAAAUAAAUAAAUAAAUAAAAUAGGAGGAGAGACGAGAAAAUGAGAAGUGUAUGAGAAAGAACAAAAAAACGUUCGUCGUUCUGGCUCUGCGAGUUGCUUGCACGCGCGUGCCGGUGUAUCAUUAAACAGAGAUUGUCGUUCGAGAAACAUCGAAGGGAUCGACGAAGAGAAUAAAGGGUUCUACGAGCAACGUCGUCGGGAAGACUUCGAGCUUCCGGGUACACACACGUUUGAUACGAUUCACGAGGGUUGUAGGGGUUGGUGCUGCCAUUGGAUUAUCGGCGAUCGAACGAAUAAGAAAAAAAAAAAAAAGAAAGGGAUGUCUGUAGUAGGGCCUAAGCAUGAGUAUCAAAAGAGAAAAAAAAUAUGGCGUAGGACGGUAUCAUCAAGAAGAUGAGCAUAAAUGUGAAUGGAAAGUACAAGUAUUGGCAGAGGACACCCGUGUAUCUUUUUGGAGAUCGAGGGAUACAAAGAGUGGCGACAAAUCGUCGGAUAACGCGCACGUCCGUAUGAACGUCGACGGGUGUACGACAUGGAUGAACCUUUUAGAGAAAAAAAAAAAAAAAUAAAUAAAUAAAAGCGGAUAAUUAGCAUCGUGGAGCAUUCCGUAGACGUCUUGUGAUAUCAGAAAAAAAAAAAAAAUAUUCAUAUAGGCAUCCCGUUAAGUAAAGGAGCAAAGAUCACUGCGCUAGAUUGGCACGCCCUUGUUAAGAGUUUAAAAAAAAAAAAAAAUUAAAAAAUGCAAUGUAGUCACGGUAUAAAAAAAAAAUAAUAAAUAAAUAAAUAAAUAAGAGCGGUAUUAUAAAUGUUACACUGAUGCAGAAGUUUAAAAAUCAAUAACGAGAAUAUCAUUCGCAAUCGACAUACAUUGAAAGAAACGUAUUUACAUAUAGACGUCUCGUGACACCUACAUUCUUAAAUAGAAACUUCUUAAUUGUUAAUUAAAGAAAAAAAAAAUAAUAAAAUAAAAUGAGAAAAUCAGUACGCUAGAUUGGCACGCCACUAGAAGUUAUUCAUAUAACGCGCCAAAGAGGGAGAGAGGAUAAGAGAGAAAAAGAAUAAAUAAGAAAUUAAAAAAAAAACGAAAGAAGCAUAAGAAAAAUAAAUAUACAAAAGUAAUGAAAACGCGUUAUUCAGUACUCAUUAUUAUUCUUAUUACAAGUAAUGUCAUUCGGUUCGAAUCUUUAAAAUCAAAUCUGAGUAGUUAUCGAGGUCAGAAGUCGCAUCGUAUAAAUAUUUUAAUAGUUUGUGAAUCUCUAUGUGAGAAUCGUUACGCGAAAGAAGAACAAAUCAGGAAGGAACUGUAAAGAAAAGAACUCGAAAUGAACUCGAAAAAAAUAUUAGAUGCGCGGGGGCGAACACGGGGAAUAAAGGCAAACAGACAGUAUGAUAAGUACCUAUCAAUUGAAUCACUACCAAGAAAGAAUACAAAGGAAACUAGAUAAACAAGAAGAGGACAGAAAUAGUAAGAAUAAAGAAGAUAUAUAUGUUAUUUAAGUUGCGCGCCACAAAAUGGUAAAGCGGCGAUCACAGUUUUGGUAACAGUUUGGUAACGUUGAAUUAGAUGAACUGCGUGCCACGAUACUAUUGACAAAACUGGAUAAAUGAAUUAUGAAGUUAUUGAUAAUUGAAAAAGAAAAACGGGAAAUAAAUAAACAUUAUAAGAGCGAGAAUUUAAAAUAGCUACGCCGCUCCGGGGCCUUGUAGUUUCCUGGGUGAGGGCGCUACGAUAGUCGAGAUAACAGGAUAUUAAAAACGCUAGUAGAGGAUGAGUAACGACAUAGGAGAAGCACAGAAGAAUGAAAAUGAGAAAUAAGACAGACAAAUGAAAAAAAAAAAAAAAACAUUCUUACUUAGGCGAAACUAAAAGUAAAGAAAAAAAGAUAUAAAUUCAUUCUCUUAGUUUCUUCAUAGGUUUAAAAACGCCAGCGGGACAGCUCGCUAUAAAUCAUAUUGACCCCCGAACGCAGGACGCCCUGUACCACCAACCUGUGGUCUGUCGUGUGUAUGUGUGUGACAGUAUCGAAACAACGCCCUUUGGAAUUUUUUUAGGAGCAACAACAAACCACCAACAACAACACAAAAAAAAAAAAAUGUAAAACAAAAAAACGAUAAACGAAGGUGACUUAAAAUACCUGCCACGCGACUUUUCGGGCCGGGACGAUCCGAGACGUGCGAUCAUGUCAGGGCUUGUUUCGAGUUUCUUAAAUGUGAAAAAACAAACGCAUACAAAAAAAAUCUGUUUUCGUUUCUCUUUGCUUACGUCAAUUUUAAUCCUUGUUGCUCGCUUUCGCGAUUUUUCGGUGUGUACAUGUGCGCAUGCGCUGGCAACGUCGGUGAAGAGGGCGCUUCGUUUUAAGCGGAAAACCGGGGCGGAGCGUAGGUAAUGACAAACUCGUUGUUUAAAGUUUAUCAUCGCCAUGGUUCCGACGAUAUUGGAAAUCAACGAACAGCCUCGAUGGGUACUCCACGUUCUCUGAUUCCACUGUUCCGCACGAAUCAAGACGAAUGGACCGGUCGAGGAUUCAGGUAGACAAAGGGUGACGCUCACUCGGCGGCCCUGGCCCCAAAACUACCCUAAGUGUUCAAUAAUCGAGGUGUUCUCGAGGUGCCGUACACGCGUAACACGUUCUUCACUCGCCAAUUCCAUUGAAUUUCGAUUUAUUCACGAAUAUAAAAAAUUAUAUUCCAAGGGUUACAGUUUUCCUCCAGCCCUUCCGAUGAUUUUUCUCUGUUGUGCGCGCGAAAGGCUGGUCGAAUCAUUUGAACCCAUUUAUAAACAUAAAUAACGUUGAAAUAUGAAUUCAAUCGAGAAAUUCGAUGGAACAGGUGAAGCUUUAUCGUUUUUGAGACACAUGGAUCGUCAAUUCGAAUCCAACCGAUAACUUUUUAAAAGGAAAAAGAAAGAAAAAGUGAGGGAGAGAAACGGAAAGAGGGCAGCAGUGUACCGUUGCGUUGCUCGUCGAACUCGGACUUGAAUUAGACCUCCAAUAAAAAUUAAACAAAAUGAUAAUAUUUAAAAAAAAACGUCCCUAAUUUUCUUCUUCUAGCAAAUGGAAGAAGAAGACAAAUCAGUUGAAGAAAAAAAAAUCAAUCAUCAGUGCUAGCUGUUGGAAAACAAAGAAAGAGCUGUUCAAUAUUACGCCAUAUAAUUACGUUGUCAUAAUGUUUCUUGGUUUCGCGUUGCGGGAUAGUGUAUACCGAUAGCUCCGUGUGUGUGUUAUUAGAAAAAUCGAUCAUUCCUGUCACAACGAAAUCGAACCAAAAUGAAAAAAAAAAAAAAAAAGAAAAUAGAUUGCCUUCGACGGAUCCCCGUGUUUCAAAAUAGGACGCGAAUAGAAAAGAAGAGAAAUAAUGAUCUAAGAAAAAGAAGAUAUGCUGAUAGAAAAGUGAUAGGAAGGUAUAAAUAUAACGAGAGGGGGGAUGAUGCAUUGGCCCAUUUGUUUCUAUAAAAUCGCUCCCGAGUUAGAUGCUGGAUCGAACGAUCCGUGGUUUGUCGACAGGGUGUUCCGUGCCCGGGGGGCGUAGGAGCCCAAAAAAUGCUUUGCCGUCGUGCGCCUCUUUACUUUAGGCUAAUAAUUUAAACAUUAAUAAUAUAAUAAUAAUAAUUAUAAUAUAAUACAUGUUACAAUAAGAUAUUAUUAGAUGUAAUUAUUAUAUAUGGUUUAGUCUAGAUCGUGUUGUUGAAGAAAAAAACAAAGUACGUAUAAGCGAACAAAAAAAAAAAGAGAACAAAGAUGAAGAUAUGAAGAGUAUAACGACGACGACGAGAGUAAGGAGAGAGAAAGAGAGAGCGCGAGAGCGAGAGAGAGAAAAUAGAAAAUCGAGGAAAAGUGACGAUGAGAGGAAAAAUUCGGUCUAAGACCACAAUAUCUUGCGGCGGACUGAGCGGGACACAAAUGAGAGAAUCCGCUUUUGCUUCGUUCUGUACGCGUGAUACAUAGUUUUUUUUUUUUUUUUUUUUGAAACCGUGUCAUAUUUAGACAUAUGUACAUCUUUAGUGAUCCUUUUCGUGCGAAACCGCGUUUUUUUCCCUUACCUAAUUUUCGCUACGUUUCCGGUUACGCGGAUAGAUUUGCGGCCAUAUUGUAUUUCUUCAUUUCGGCGACGUCAUCGUUUUUUUUUUCCUCUCUUUUACUAAAUCCGCGGAUUCUUAGGAAAAGACAAUCCUCGGCACACAAAGUCGCAAAUCUUUUCGUGUUCUGCAAACGGUUAACUUCUAUCAAUAUCAGAAAUAAUGCAAUUGUCGCAAAAUUGUUUUUCGCGUGAAUCGGCGUAAAAGAGCGGGAGAAAAAGAAACGCGUGAAUGUGGGCGAGAGAACGUGUGUUUUUAAUAUAACGGAUUCUUCGCUUUUCUGUUGCCGUGAUCGAAUAAUACAAUUGGCAGUGAAACAUUCGAAUCAAACUACUAAAAAUCUGAAAAUAAAAGAAAUGAAUUAAAAAAAGAAGAGAUAAAAAAGUGCAUAAAAUAAUAACGAAGAACAGUGUCACGAGAAUUCUGUGAAACGUCGCCCCUGCACAGCCCGCCACAUCACGACAGAAUCAUUGAAUGAUUAAAAUAUAAACAAAAAAAAAAAAA